CUAAAAUGAUAAAGUGAAAAUUAUUGUAAAAUAAAUCAAACAUUAUUCAGUAGUUCUUUAGAAAUCGUUAAACAAACAGCUUAACUAUGGCGGCAUAUCAAAUUUAUACAAUAUUUGUGGUGUUAUUGUUCAUACAGUGCAGUUUUUGCAAAUCCUUAGGCAAUACUGGCAACUCAACUGAUACCUCCACCGAUGAAAUGGAACCCAAACAAGCUCUUUUGCUCUAUACCGCUUUUACCUUCAUAUCAUUAGGUCAAUCAUAUGCCCAUAAAGCAGCCAACUUAAGUCGCCUUUUACUUAAAGAUGCCGAUUUGCUGGCCAAUAAUGACGCCGAAGUCUUGCAGUUUAAAUCAAAUUUAACCCAGUUUGUGGCAAAUUAUGAUGCCAACAAAGAAGCCGAAUUAGUUUGGGAUAUAAUGGAUAUUUAUGUCAACAUCACCGAUCAUUAUUAUGAUCUACCGGAGGCAAAACAAACUUUGGAAUCCAAAUUUAUUUUAAACCUCUUAAAUAAAUACAAUUGUAAAAAAGUUGAAACGCAAUUGCUCAAGGAUUUUGAACCUUUUGUGGAGAAUUUCAAGCGGUUAUUUGAAGACGCUAAAUCAGUUUUGGAAAAGCCCUUGUUGGAUUGGUAUGAAAAGUUUAUAACUUUGAAAGAUUUUGAGGAGAAAAUUGAUGCUAUUGGUGAAUUUAUAGAAUUGGCUUGAAUAUGAAAUUAUAAAUUUAAUAAAAAAAAGAUAUGAAAUUUUUGAUAAAUUAAUAAAAUAAAACAAUUUAUUGUAAAAUAAAACACUUUAUUUUCAAGGAAAGUUUAAAAA